AUGAAGCCACUUUCAUCAAAUCUCCGCAUGCAGCGAACAAAGACAGGUUGCGUUUCAUGCAGAGAAGCCCGCAAGAAGUGCUGCGAGAGGAAACCCCAAUGCACAAGAUGUUCUCUCAAGAACCUGACAUGUGUCUACGAAGAGAAGCGGGAGACAAAAUCCGACAAGCGAGCGUCCCGAGCUCCGCGAAGAGGUCGAAAGCCUUUUCCUGGGAAACAACCAAGACCUGAAGAGGGCUUCAUCCACACCUUCGCCAUUGCCAAGUCGACAUCCAGCGUCUCAUCUGAGUCCAGUAUUGACUGCCGAGACAAUCAUCAAAUCGACAUGAGCCAGUUCUUGAUGGACUUGGAUGAGCCGAUGGACUUCUCGGAUUACUGCGGAGACGGCAUCGGAUCCGAAUCCUGUUCGACCUUCACCAACAGCAUUUUCGAAGACUCAAGAUCGACACGAUCUAGCUCGGCUGAGCUUAUGUCACUUGAACUUGAGCUAGCUUUCCCAACAUUCUCCGAGAUGACUACCGACCCCCAAAGUCGAAAGCUUUUGCACCAUUUCUGCAGCACCUUAUGUCGUCUCAUCGUGUUCGAGGAGCAGCCGAAAAGCUCAUUUCGCGACCUCAUAUUGCCCCUCGCGUACGACAAUUCACCAGUUUUGUAUGCAAUAUGCGCUUUUGCAGGAGGCCAUCUUGAAUACAUGGGGGUUCAGACUACAACACACUCGUCGCAGUACCGAGCAAUGGCAGCGAAAGGAGCAUUUGAGCUGGUUCAGUGGAAGUCUCAGCAAGAGGAAGUGCUGGCAACGGUCAUGUUUCUUGCUUACUAUGAGUCUCUCACAAUGUCAAAUGCACCGAAUAUGGUGAUCGGGCACUUGAAAGCUGCCUUUCUCAUCAUAAGCUCAGCUCCGGAGUCAGAACGGAGUUUAACCAUGAGAUUUCUUGAGAAGGCUUUUCAUUACAUGGACGUGAUAUCAGCAUUGUCACUUGGAAUCAGCCCUGUUUCCGCAAUGCCGGUCUCCGAUUACACCUACCCGCUAGCUGUAAUGUCACCCCCGAAGCCGAAUGCUCCGACGUAUGCAGACCCAUUCAUUGGAGUCUCGGGAGAUCUCUGGCCAAUCCUUUAUCGUCUCGGCCUUGUUACGGCUCUCAAGGGCGAUCUCGACAAUGCAAUGGCUACGCAGCAGAGCACCAAAGCAGCUGUUCUCCGAGUCGAAUACGAGUCCAUGACGAAGGCAACGGAGAAGGCCCUUCGAGAUUGGCAACCCGCAGUCAUGCCAAACAGUAUGAUGUCUUCGAUGGAAGAUGAGACAAGCGCCCAACAGCAGCUGGAGGCAAUGGUCCACAGCUCUCAAUCUUACCGUCACAGUGCGUUAGUUUACUUGCAUCGUGUCAUCUAUAGCCACCCGACUAGUCAUCCCGAGGUCCAAAGCAACUCUCAUCUAUCCUUGGAGAGCUGCGCGGCAGUUGCUGCGUCUGGAGGCUCAUUGUACGCAUUGUUAUGGCCUCUCUUUGUGGCUGCUUGCGAGGCUAUCACAGACCAUGACCGAAGCUUGGCAAAGCUGGUGCUGGAGGAGAUAUCUCGGCGGCAGGGCAUGGUGAAUGUUGAGAGAGCAGAAUCUGCGAUCAUGCAACGCUGGACAGAGACGGACAUGCAAAAUGGCGAUCAAUACGGACACGACGAAUGGACUUUCGGACCGGACGUGGUAUUGGCCUAG